AUGAAAAAUUUUUCUCGACCAUUGGCGAGCUUGGGAUCUAGAAGAAGAAAUAUCUGUUCACUAGUUUCUCUGAUUGCUGCUCGUUUCAAAUUAUAUCAAGAUAUAGAAAAUGGCAUCAUACCAGCAGCAGUUGCUUCAGAGCUACGAAGUCUAGUGAAGAAGGCUCUCUUAGUAAGGCAAGAAAUUGAAAGAGUUGAGGCUGUGGCAGAAGGUGAAGAUCCAGACUCAGAUGUUGACCAGAGAGAUGUUGUUCAGCUGAUCAAACUGCACCAACAGAUGGAAAAACUUAGGUCACGCUAUGAUUCUUUGCAAGAUCCAGUAUUAAGGAUGUUAUCAAGAGACCAACAGGACAUUGAAUGGUUUGAAUGCCAAGAGAAAAAGAAAAAGGGAUCCCCUAUUAAGAUAGUUGUGGAUUCACUGACCUGCACUGAACUGGCGCUUGAAAUGGCAAAAUUACCCAACCUCAUUAAAUCUUUGAAAAAGGUGCCUGAAGAUAUUUCAUGUCAGUCUUUCCCAACACUACAGUUAGCACUGGAUGAGUCCAUGAAAGGAGAUAUUAUAGUGCUCCUCAAUGGAACUCAUUUACUUCAGCAUCUUGGGCUUAUCAGCUAUGGUGGUAUGAUAGUUGGCCUAGGUGAUAAUGUUGUUAUUGAAGGGAGUGAAGGCACAGGUGAUGUAUUGAUUGACACAAAUGGAGAUUUUGUGCUGCAAAAUCUUACCAUAAGACCUUCUGAAGGUCAGGUGGGGAUUACUCAUCAUAAAGGCAAUAUCAAACUCAGUUAUUUUUGUGUGAAAGGUGGUAAAGAUGGAGUGUUGGGAAUUGGAUCAACAGAGUCUGAUAUAGAAAGAACAGUUGUACACGAUUGCAGUGGAACUGGGAUGAUCUUCAGAGAAGGUACACAUGUUUCUCUGUCAGGUUGUACUAUCACUAAAUGUGAUGUUGGCCUUCAAUUUGAAGAACAAGCCAAGGUUAGUCUUGUGAUGAGUGGGUUUGUUUGUGUGCUUUAUUUAUUACCAUAGAUGAAAUUACCAGUC